AUGAAUUUGUUUGAGAUCAUCUUAACAAUCUUCACUUCCAUUGACCUCUCAAAUAACAUGCUCGAAGGAGAAAUUCCCAGUAGCCUAGGAAAUCUGCGGUCUUUAGUUGUGCUCAACCUGUCCAGCAACAGUUUUACAGGCAUUAUCCCAUCAUCUCUUGGAAAUAUGGGUGACCUCGAAUCGUUGGAUCUUUCUAAAAACAAGCUUUUUGGUAGAAUCCCUCAACAAUUGACAAAACUUACAUUCCUCGAGUAUUUAAAUCUCUCCCAAAAUCGACUCAUAGGCCCAAUACCACAGGGCAGACAGUUGGAUACAUUUUCAAGUUCCUCUUUUAAAGGAAACCCAGGUUUAUGUGGCCCUCAGUUGUCAAAGAAGUGUGAAAACGUUGACACACCAAUGUCUUGUCCAAGCAGAGAACUGGAAUCCAAAGUUGGUUUUAGUUGGGAAGGAAUAGCGAUUGGAUAUGGAUGUGGACUAGUGGUUGGACUGAUCUGCGGACAUGUCACCCUCUCAAGGACGAAUUGGUUUUGA